UAGAAUCGUUAGUUUUACAGCAGAAGAAUUGACCUGCAUUUGCCGGAGAUCACUUUCUUCUACAGGCAAACCGAAAGAUGUUGAUUACUGUCAAUACGAAGUACAUCACUGUCGGAUUAUUGUUGGCAUGUUCAAUUAUCUGCGCCUUGCUCCAGGGUCGUCUGCUACGCCGAAUGAUCUUAUUGGCAGACGAUUCCGAAUCUGAUACAGGCGGUAAAGGAAUACGAAAUCAUGAGUCAUGGCAAGUAAGUCCAAAAGCGCUUCAUAGCGUGAACAUGACAUCGUCAGCGGCCAAGACCUGUGCCAUCAAUCUAUAUGGACUUCCAAGAGCAUUCCAGUCUCUUGCGCUACCGUCAAUCAUUCAGAAUGUGAUUCGUCCAAAUGCUAUCAACAAUUGCGACUAUUUUAUUCACUAUUACUACUUGACGGAAGAAGGGGCGGGGCGUUCUGGUGAAGGAGGUCAAAUAAAACCAGAGGAGGUACUAUUGCUGAGGCAAGCCGUUCAAGAUUAUUCUCCAAACUCGGUCAUCCGCUUUUGCUAUGACAAAGAAGAAGCCUUUUGGAAUCAGUUUAAACCGCUCAUUGAUAAAAUCCGAACAACCAACGCAACGAAUGGUAAAUUUUUGUAUUUUCCAUGGCGCAGUCCAUCAUAUAUUUAUCCAGUCACUACUGAUAACAUCGUGAAGAUGUGGCACAGCAUUCAAUCAGCUUGGAAUUUGAUGGCGGAGUACGAGACUCUGACGACCAGGAAGUUCGAUCGAAUUGCGAUGCUGCGCUUGGAUGUCGUCUAUAUUACACCAAUUAACGUAUUUCAUGUGAAUCAACGAGAGCUCCGCGAUGACGAGAAAGUAGCAUUGGUUCCUGGCUUUGGGCGUCAUCCCGUGAGCGAUCGCUUGAUUGUGGGACCAAGGGAUGCAGUCGAAAUUUGGGCUGCGCAGCGUUUUGAGCGUCUCGACGCGCACAUCCAGUUUGUCCGCAGAAAUCAUCCGGGAUGGGGUAUGCAUUCCGAAAAGUAUCUCAAUUGGUCGAUCUUUCCCGCCAUCCGAGACACAGGAACGACAAUUGUCGAAGACGACCAUUUGUGCUUUUUCCGCGCCCGUGUCGACGAAUCGGUGUGGAUCAGUGAUUGUGGGGGAUGGCCGGUCUUUGCCAGACCUUCAAUUUUAAAUAAUCUUGGUGGAGACAAGGUUCAAGUGCUGGAAUCUACGCUAGGACGAAAGUGCCUUGGCGAAGCCCAACAUGUUUCAUGGGCUUUCGUAGCCCUACAAUGUCCUGCGGGAUAG